CUCAGCUGAACGGUAGCUGAGACUUUCUUCUUCUUCUUCCUCAUCAUCUUCCUCACCUCCUGCUCGGUUAAUGAAGACGUUUCUCCCUCACCGGGAGCAGCAGCUCUCUGCGGGCUUAAAAAGUUGAGGAUGAUCCGGUGAAACCCCGGAGCACCGGAGGGGUUUGAGCCGGUUUUAUACCCGGGAUAUAAUCCACCGGACCCGGUUCAUUACUUUGGAUUUAAUGGAAAGGGACCCGGGUUUAAUGAUGGAGCUCUUAAACGGAUCAGGGAUCUUGACCUGAUCCCGGUAGAGAUUUAACGAGCAUUACAAAAAGAAACAGACCCAGUUUUUUGUUUUUUUUAACGGAUGCCCGGGGUUUGAUCUGUGACGUUUCAAAAUGUUCCCUCUUGUUACGGAUUCCCGGUUGGUUUAACGGAUCAAUAGGCUGCCGGAUUUCUGACAGCCAACUCCAUACCGGAUUUCUUCGUGUUCAAACUGACAUCUGAGGUGUUUUAACGGACAGUCCGGGUGACCAAUUACUAAAGAGACCCUUAGUUUGUUUUAAAUAACGGAUUCCCGGUUCGUUUAACGGACCAAUAACGGAUUUAGUUGUGUCUAUAACGGUUUUUAACGUCAGUUUAACGGAAAGUCUUGGUGACAAUAGAUUCCCAGUGUUUGAUCUGUGACGUUUAAAAAAUGAUGUUGUCUCUUGUAAUGGAUUCCCGGUUGAUUUAACGGAUCAAUACCGGAUUGCUGACAGCCAACUCUUCAUUUGAGCUGGUUUAACGGUUUAACGGUGACUGUUAAUAAAGAGGCCAUUAGUUGUUUGUAUUGGAUUCUCGGUGUUUGAACUGAUCACUUUGUGUUUGAUCUGUCUCUAAAUGUUCCCCUGAUGUUUGCUCUUGGAACGGAUUCCCGGUUGAUUUAACGGAUCAGUACCGGAUUUCUGACGUUUAACAGCCAACUCCUUGGGUUCAAACUAUCGGGUCAUUUUAACGGACAGUCCCGGUGGCACUUGACAAUUCACCCUCGGUAAAUAAGAGCAUACAAAAGCAGGUGUUUUUGAUUUUAACGGGAAAAGGCCCCGGUUGUUCUCAGGACUGAGGUCUCUCUUUAUAAUAAGACCCAAUAAUCACCGGGUUUCCGUUCACCCAGGGACUGGAUAACGUUCACGUUUAAAACCGGAUUGAUUUCGGUAAAGGCUGCAUUGAUUCUUGGAUUUCUACCGGAUAAAAACAGCCUCUUUCCCCCGGUUUCUGCCCCCUCCACCGGAUCGAUAUAUCCCCCGGUAUCAAUCAUUCUGAAUCUAUCUCUCAUCCAUCACGGUCUGUGGGCACCGUUUAGCCCCGGUGGAGUGAACCACCUCCUGCACGGUGAAAUAACCCCCGUGCUGACCGUAAAUCAUCAAUUUACCCUCCUGAGGACCGAGAGGGAGAGUUAUUACCGGGAGGAAGCACCGUUAUCUGCAGAAUAUUAACGGAGAAAGAACAUUAUAACCUGGAGCUGGAGUUUAAACCAUUCAACUGGUUGGUUUCAAUGCAAAUAUACCUGGAAAAUAACCUUUUAAUUCAAUAUUCUUAAAGGGUUUAGCUGAUUCCCAGAGAAGGCCUAUGGAUGAUACGCUCACUGUAUAGCCACAUCCUGAACAACAUACCUCCCCCUCCUCCUCCUCCUCCUGUCCUUCCUCUUCCUCUGCCUCCUGUAGAUCUUGAAAUCGAGCCAUGCAGCAUUGAUUUUUUAUUCUUCCUCUCCUCACCGCAUAACCAACACGCACACGACCAUCUCAUCUUUUCUGGUUUGUCAGUUCUGUUGCCUGAAAUGUAAGACGUGCAGCAGAGACGGUUCUCUGCAGAGAAGCUGAAGGACGUUUUUUUUUGAGAGAGGCAAGGUUCAGAGGUGAAGAUUCUCAGAAACACACCUGCCGGACAGACUGGAGGAUUGACAGACUGAGAGUGGGAAGAUUUGGGACCAUCAGAGGCACGAAAAACGCUGGAUGAAGACAUUAGCAUAAACAUGUUUCUGAUUCGCAACUCGAGGACAUUUCUUUACUGUUUUUGACGAACUGAGAGUGGGAAGAAUUGGGACCUUCAAACACAAAAACAUUUGCUGCAAACAAUCUGGAUAACGACCUUGGUAUUAAUGAAUCUUUUUCUGAUCCACAAUCAGUUUUCUGACCUUUGACCCUGAACAUUUGGUACUAUCAAACACCAAAACGUCUCUGUCAGUCAAAAUCUUCUACAAUCUGGAUAAAGGCCUCCAUAAAAUGGGAUAAAAGUCUUGGCAUUAUUAUAUUUCUUUCCGAGCCAAAACCUGUUUCUAGCCUUCUACGUUGAGGGCAUUCCUUUGUUGUUUUUGAAGUCAUCCGCAAACAAUCUGGAUAAAGACUUGAGCAUAAAUGAAUCUCUUUCUGCUCCAAACCCCAUUUAUUGGAGGCGUGUCUUUGCUGUUGGACUCUUUGUUUUAGCGCUAUGGGGCUAAACGACAGCAGCCCGGGCGCCAUGAGGAACGGCCGCGGCCUCUCGGACCAAUGGGCCGAGACGGUGGUGGUCCGCCCUCGCACAACGGAGCGGCACAUCACGGUGCACAAGCGCCUCGUGUUGGGCUUCGCUCUGAGCAUCCUCACCCUCAUCAUCGUCACGACGGUGGCUGUGGUGCUCAGCGUCCGAUUCGAGGACUGCGGGAGUCGAGAUGUCGCGACGGGCGAAUCGGGAUCUCGAGGGUCCGCCAAACUGAACGGAAGUAAAGGAGAAAGAGGAGAUGAGGAAGGGGUUCAGCCGUGGAAAAACCUGAGGCUGCCGGGAACGCUGAGGCCGCGGCAUUACGACCUGAGGAUCGCCGUCUACAUGGACAACUUCACCUUCUCCGGGGAGGUCAGCAUCGAGCUGGAGUGCAUCAACGCCACGAGGUUCAUCGUGCUGCACAGCGACCGCCUCGAGGUACGUCUGAGUGGAGAAGUGUUUG